GUCCUGAUAAGAAGGUUUUGAGGUUUUUGGGAAAAACAAUCUAGAUUGCCAUCUCUUCAGUUAGAGAUCUUCCCGAUCUUGAUUGCAGAGCAAUCAGUCAGCGCAGUUGCUAUUCGAGUUCACGCGGGGGGUCUUCUGGAAUGGCUUGUCGAAUGAGCUCGUCAUUCGGGAAUUACAAGUGACAGAACUAACUAGGUUAUUCUAGCAAGGAUCGUGUGAAGUGUCUUGAAAAUCAUCGCAAUAAAGAGUGAAUAUAAACGUGGAGGAUCGUUGAAGCGGAUUCCAAUCGAUACAGUGGAACGUUUAAGAGUGAAUGGAAAGUAGAAAAGUGUUACGGACAAGUGCUGCAGAAACGAUCUACUUGAAAUGACGAAGAUAGAAGAUGCCGAUCCAUACACUUUGGAUAUACCACCAAAAAAUGACUCAACGCAUAGCAUUCAGGUGGUGCACCACAUCCAGCUGCCGGAAGACAACAAACUGCCCCGUUCCUACACCUACAGCGAAGCCCUAGAGCUAAUCGGAACCGGAAAGUUCCACACCCUGCUCCUGUUCGUCAGUGGGUUCUGUCUGAUGAGUGUCAUCAACGAAACGCUAAACAUGGGCUUCAUCAUUUCGGCGGCCGAAUGCGAUCUGGCCCUGAGCUUCCGGGACAAAGGGAUGCUGAACGGAUCAGCGUUCCUAGGGGUUGUGGUCAGUUCCCACUGGUGGGGGUUCAUUUCGGACACUCGAGGACGGAGGAAGGUCAUGGUGAUUGCCACCUUGUUCAGUUUAAUUUUUUCUAUUGUAUCGGCCUUUUCGAUACACGUGUGGAUGCUGAUUGCGACACGUUUUUGUGUCGGAUUUUUUAUUUCAGGUAAUGCUGCUACGGUUUACGCUUAUCUGGCAGAGUUUCACACGGAAAAGUCACGUGGUCCGGCGAUCAGUUGGGCUGCCUCGUUUAUGGCGGUCGGAAUGAUUUUUCUUCCGGCAUUGGCUUGGUGCAUAAUUCCUCUGGAUUCCAAGGUUGAUCUGUACAUCGAUGCUCUUGAAAUGCGUUUCGGACUGUGGCGCGUAUACAUUAUGCUGACAUCGUUCUCCAGUUUGAUCAUUCUUGGCGGAAUUUUUCUUCUUCCAGAAAGCAGCAAAUUUUUGCUAAACAAAGGUCAAAAUGAGCAGGUGUUACAGAUUAUGCAAAAAAUGUACCGAUGGAAUCGGGGGAGUAGUAGUCACCCAUUCCCGGUGAAAUCGAUCGAACUGGACCCAAUCGAUAAGGUUUACGCAACGGAAAUGGAACGCAAAUCUAGCAUGGGCCUACGUUAUAUCUGGGAACAGACGGUUCCACUUUUUAAGGGACCCUUACUAGGGAACACACUUAAGGCUUCUUUCCUCAUGUUCGGGUUGUUCAUGGCUUCGUCCGGUAUGCUGAUGUGGAUCACGGACCUUUUGAAUCUGUACAUUCAUUACAGGGAUCAAAGUAUCACAAUUUGUAAGGUGGUUGACAUUAUUCACUACAACAAAACAACGACGUCAUCAGAUGACUCGGAACUUCAGUGUACAACUGAAAUUGACUCGAAUAUUUUCGUCAUAACAACUUUUAUGGGAGUUAUCUUCCUACUAUGUUAUAUCAUCAAUGGAGUAGUUAUCAACAAGAUCGGUAAAAGGAAUCUCUUAAACUUAUGGAAUGUCAUCAGUGGCAUCAGUUGCGUAUUAGUCCUGUGGACCUCCAACUUUUAUCUGACCCAGCUGGUUCUGGUUAUCUACAUGUGCAUCGGGUGUUGUGGCUCCGUUCUCAGUGCCAUUUCCGUUGAUUUAUUUCCAACCAAUUAUCGGGCAAUGGCGCUCUGUUUGAUCCUGAUGACGGGGCGGUUCGGCGCGAUGGUCGGAAGUAACUUGGUGGGAUUCCUGCUCACCUAUAACUGUGACGCGAUAUUCAUUUUCAUGGGAGCUUUGAUGAUAGUAUGCGCACUCGUGGGCUUGAGCUUACCUCGAGAGUAACUGUCUCGGUAACAGGGUAAAGAGAUGUAAAUGAAAUAUCCUUAAAA